AUGAACAGGAUUAUGCGAAUGAAAAGCUUGUUGAUCGUGGUUGUGAUUGUGGUCGAGUGCUUCUCCUUAGCGCAUACAACCCCUUCUGGAAAACCAAUCGUCGAAACCAAAUAUGGGAAGAUAAUUGGAAAAACCCGACAUUUCCUGAGCGAAGACGGCCAUAUUAAGUAUGUCAACACAUUCCUUGGAGUUCCCUACGCCUCACCACCGAUAAAAGAUCUACGCUUUCAGCCACCGAAGCCCCCACAUUCCUGGAAGCCUGAAAUAUACAACGCGACCUCAUUCAAAUUCGUUUGCGCCCAAUCUCAGUCUGAUUAUUUUUUAAACUCAAUUCGUCUUGCUUGGCCCGGAUUUACAUGGGAGAAAGAUUCUAGCGAAGAUUGCUUGUACUUAAAUAUAUUCGCCCCUGGUCGAGAAAACGCGACUAAUUCAAGUCCGCUUUAUCCAGUCAUAAUGUUCCUUCAUGGUGGAAGUUACGUUCACGGUACUACAGCACGGCAUACAACUCCAGGAGAAGUCUUUCCCCGAUUUGGCGUUGUCUUGGUGAUGGUUCAGUACCGGCUUGGACCGUUUGGUUUUAUGACCACUGGUGAUGCUGAAGCCCGCGGAAAUUGGGGAAUGUUAGAUCAAGUGCAAGCCCUAAAGUGGAUUCGAGAAAAUAUAAAAGCAUUCGGUGGAGAUCCUGAAAGGGUUACCGCAUUGGGUGUGAGCUCAGGUGGGGCCAGCGUAGGGCUUCAUUUAUUGUCCCCUCUGUCUGAGGGACUUUUUCAAAGGGCGAUUAUCGAGAGCGGGGUCGAGCUUUCACCAUUUGCAUUUCAGUCUGUUGAGACAGUUGUUCAAAACACCAAAAAAACUGCCAAAAACCUUAGUUGCAACACGGAAGAUCACCGGGAAAUGAUGAACUGUCUUAAAACAAAAGACACGAGCCAAAUUGUUGAUAAAUGGCAAGGGCCAACUGGGCCCGUCAUAGAUAACCAUUUCAUAUGCGACACACCAGAAAAACUCCGCUUGUCUGGUCAAUUUCAUCCUGUUCCUCUGAUUGGCGGCUUUAAUAGCGACGAGGCUGGUCAUAACAUUCCACAAAAAUGCAUACCACCGAACGAACUUUCUAGCGCUGUGUUUGGAGAUUGUAUAAAAUCCUUUGUCCAUAAGGAAGACUUGUACCACAAUAACGAGAAAACUGCUGGUCUUUUAGAAGACUCAAUCACCUUUCAGUACACUCCAUGGACGAANCCCUGGUCGAGAAAACGCGACUAAUUCAAGUCCGCUUUAUCCAGUCAUAAUGUUCCUUCAUGGUGGAAGUUACGUUUACGGUACUACAGCACGGCAUACAACUCCAGGAGAAGUCUUUCCCCGAUUUGGCGUUGUCUUGGUGAUGGUUCAGUACCGGCUUGGACCGUUUGGUUUUAUGACCACUGGUGAUGCUGAAGCCCGCGGAAAUUGGGGAAUGUUAGAUCAAGUGCAAGCCCUAAAGUGGAUUCGAGAAAAUAUAAAAGCAUUCGGUGGAGAUCCUGAAAGGGUUACCGCAUUGGGUGUGAGCUCAGGUGGGGCCAGCGUAGGGCUUCAUUUAUUGUCCCCUCUGUCUGAGGGACUUUUUCAAAGGGCGAUUAUCGAGAGCGGGGUCGAGCUUUCACCAUUUGCAUUUCAGUCUGUUGAGACAGUUGUUCAAAACACCAAAAAAACUGCCAAAAACCUUAGUUGCAACACGGAAGAUCACCGGGAAAUGAUGAACUGUCUUAAAACAAAAGACACGAGCCAAAUUGUUGAUAAAUGGCAAGGGCCAACUAGGCCCGUCAUAGAUAACCAUUUCAUAUGCGACACACCAGAAAAACUCCGCUUGUCUGGUCAAUUUCAUCCUGUUCCUCUGAUUGGCGGCUUUAAUAGCGACGAGGCUGGUCAUAACAUUCCACAAAAAUGCAUACCACCGAACGAACUUUCUAGCGCUGUGUUUGGAGAUUGUAUAAAAUCCUUUGUCCAUAAGGAAGACUUGUACCACAAUAACGAGAAAACUGCUGGUCUUUUAGAAGACUCAAUCACCUUUCAGUACACUCCAUGGACGAAAACGCCCGACCCACCCACCCUCCUUAAGAAAAUAGUCAACAUGCAAUCAGAUUAUUUCGUAGCAGCCCCUACAUUGAAGGUCUUAGAAAUUCAUAGCCAGAAAGCUCCCACGUACAUGUACGAGUUUUCUCACAUAUCUAAGCGAAGCAGCGCAGAAGCUUGGUUAGGCGUAAGACACGGAGCGAACACCCCUUAUGACUUUGGAGCACCGUUUUUGAACAUAUCCUCGCUGAAUUUUACCGAAGAAGAUCGAAAUGUAAGCAGCUUCAUAAUGUCACUUUAUGCAAACUUUGCCAAAGACGGAAUACCCACGCCUUCCGCCCUACACGGGGUGACAUGGAAUCAGUUUAACAGGACCCACAAAUCGUAUUUACUGAUCCAGGAAAAUCCUGAAAUGCAGACUAACUUUGAACCACAGCGGAUGGCGUUUUGGAACUUUUACUAUCCACGCUUGUUAAACUUUUCUAAGACCAUCGCAAAUUCUAAGGAACAAAACCGAGACAAUCAUAACAAUGGAGUGGGGCGAGUCUCGAAACCAGGGCUUCUCGGUUUAAUUUUGAUUGUUCUUUGUGCACCUGUUCUGUUUGAUUGA